CACUGGCAGUGGCCAAAUUCUGUCUCUUGGGCGCCAAGAAGGGCAUGUUUUUCGCAAAGGCCAAGGCUGCCCUGUCGUUGGAAGCCUACAUGAAGAACCCCUUUAAGCUCUUUCGGCGGCAGGUCAUCAGUCCUUUGGAUCCCUUUCGGCGGCAAAAAGAAAUGUCCACGGUGGAAGCUAUGCGCAAAGAAGUGCGCGAAAGUGGGCUGAAAGGUCUUUCCACGAAAAGCAUCUUGCCCUACGCGGCCAACGCCGGGAUUGCCAUGGUCAUGUUCCACACCUACACCACCACCCGGCUGAUGCUGCACAGCUGGGCUGACAGCUAUCCAUCCCUGGCACCCUUGGCAGAGAUGCCGCUCUGUUGCGAGGCCUUGGCCGGUGCCAGCGCGGGGCUGAUGCAAGCGACGUUGCACAGUCCUUUAUACAACGUGCGGCUCUGUCGCGAUGAUGAGAUCGCAGCGAAUCGCGAUCAGAAAGCCCUGGGCCAGAGAUUGGUGGAACUUCAUGCCAGAGCGGGCAUCAGAGGAUGCUUUCAGAACUAUUCCUUCAUCAUGGCCCAAGAAGUCUUGGCGUUGAUGAGUUUCUUUACCAGCUACGAGUGGCUCAAAUUGAAAACCACCAGUUGGCUGCGGCACCAGUUGGAUGACUCUGGAGAGAAGGACGUUUGGGGUUGGACCAUCGCCGCCUGCGGCUCCGGCGUGGUCCUGAGCGCCGUCGGCACGCCCUUUGAGAAUCUGCUGGCGUGGCAUGUGGCGGAGCGCAGCAAAGCGCAGCCCAGGGGUGUAUGGAAGCAUUUCCUGAAAGAGCCCUCACGUUCGCGUCGCAGCAUCCUCUUUGGUGGCAUGAGGAGCAAACUGCUGAUCGCACCUCUGGCUGGGCUUCCUUUGUUGGCUUAUGAUCCUUGGAACAUCUUAGAACUGCCUUGGCUGUUUAAAAGCCACCAUGGAAUGCCAUGGAUUCAUCAGAUCUGCGAUGGGAUUCAAACGUAGAAGGAUUCCCUGAUGGAUCAAGAUGGGCCAUUGCAGGUCAAACGUAUUCCGUUCUAAACUUCAAAUCAACAACUGAGCCAGACAAAAAUCAUCACUGAUACCUUAACUUCCCCCAAUUCCUCAGGAAAUCAUGGUACAUCAAGGCAUGGCUCCGCGAUUUCAUCCUUGACGUCGCCGACGUGACAUCGUGACGUCGCCAACUUGGUGGAUGGCCUGGGGUGUGUCGCGCGGCACAGCCUGGUGAUGUCGAAGGACCAUCAGAAAGCGGGAACUGAAGCAGCGACUGGAGCAGCUGGAGCAGUGUCCAAAGUGGACGUGGUGAAGAUGUUGGGUGCGACAGUGCCAAAGGAUGGAAACGGGGAUGGAAA